AUGGCGUCGCAACUGGCUUCUUUUCCAAAUCUCAGGAGAACCCUGACCGAUGUCAUGGAGGACGAGUUAUACCCAAUCCCAUCUCACUCUAAACCCCUUUCACCAUUGCUGUCAAACAUGUUUCCCAACAUACCUGAAUAUGAUCACAACAACUCAACUACCUCAGUUCAUCAAUACCCUGAGUACUCUGACCAGACAUAUCCCUUCCAGACAUAUGCAAACCCGGACCUUUACACAACGUUUCCCAACUACCAGUUUCAGCAGAUGCUGAUGACUAAGAACCAAGAGUCCUCCAAGCUAUACCAUCCAGAACCAUCGACUUUUGCUCCUAUAGAGGCGCAUUUGAAGCUUCCUGAAGAGCUGAUGAACGACUCCAAGCUAUACGAUACAAAUGAGGCCGGUGUGCCCAUGUUUGUGUUUCCUAAGGAUGGCGUGAUGUCCAUGGACCACGACUAUAUGAGCCUGGUCCCGGACGAGGUGCUGGACGAAGAACUAUCGGACGAUGACGACGAGUACUUAUCCGAUGAUGAUGACGAAGGUUACUCUGAGAUACAGAUGCCGGAGAGCAAUGAUGACAUGACCGACUACCAGCCAAGCACGACUCACACGAAACAUAACAAUGCCAACAAGGGCAGCUCGCAUAACAGCAGUCAUGACAAUAAUAGCGAAGACAUGGAUAUCUCUGACUAUGAGAGUAGUUCACGCAAUGUGACAGCGACCGACCAUGAUUCGACGCAUAACGGCUUCGGUUCGGAACAUCAGUGCAGGCUGACUAUUUCUUCCACGGGAAAGCCGUGUUUGAAGCAAUUUUCGAGGCCGUACGAUCUGAUAAGACAUCAGGAGACUAUCCACGCUGAGCGCAAGAAGAUCUUCAGGUGUAUGAUUUGUGAAGAAGAGGCUCUAAAGCGUUUACAGAACAAUGUCAACGACGGUGAGCAUGCCUCAAACAAGACGUUUUCCAGAGGCGAUGCUUUGUCGAGGCAUAUCAGAGUCAAACAUGGCCUGGUCGGCAAUGCGGCUACCGAGGCGAUCAAAUAUGCUAAGGACAAUGCUGAAUUUGUGUAA